AUGAAUAGAGAGCUAGAGCGCGAUCUGGUACCGGAGUGGCGGCUCAAGUACUUAGACUACAAGGUGGGCAAGAAGAAGCUCAAGGCCAUCAGUCGCGCCCUCCGCAAUGUCGAAUCGACCCCACGCCUCCGCCGACGCGGCACCCAGAUCCUGCCCUCGCCCUUCGAUGCCGCGCCCAAGUACACGUACCUCAACCGCGACCAGACGGGCAGCGCCAGAGACCCCGAGGACCUGAGGGCGCUUGCUAUCACCAACAGCCGCAGCCAGCACAGCCUGCGCCAGAGAGCGAACAGCAACCAGAGUGGCCGCACGCCCGAGGAAGAGCCAUUGGCACAGAGCGAGACGAACCGCCGAGACUGGGCACACAACUACGGCAGUUUUGAGGGAAGCACAUCUGAUGGCGCCACCAAGACCGGUACCUCUGCAGACAAGGCCAAGGCACCGCCAUCCUUGAAGCUGCCUGGGGCUGCGCUCGACCCUGAGAACCCUUCCCCGCAAGGAGGAGCGGCGUCUGGCGCAUCGCUGCGAAAGCAGAAGACAGUCACGCUUCCUCCGCCAGCAGAGAACGACAACGACAAUGCUUUCGAAGUCGGCAAGACGGUGUCACCCCACAAGCAUCACAACUCGCUGCCCAACCGAUACAAGAGCGUCUUCACCCCCAAGCGCAUGAACUCGCUGCCUGGGCCCAUCACUGAGCACAAGUCGCGCCCAUCGGUACGCCGCCUGUUCUCACUGAGCAGCAAGACUCCCCCGGACAGCCCAGGCGAUGUCCCCCUCGAAGCCUAUCGCGAUCUUGAUUUCCGACAAGCUGAGUUCUUCAACUUCCUCGAUGGCGAGCUGGACAAGAUCGAGUCGUUCUACAAGCACAAGGAGGACGAGGCUACCAAGCGCCUGAAUGUGCUCCGCGACCAACUCCACAUCAUGCGAGACCGACGUAUCGACGAGGUCAUCAAGCGUCAGACGGACAAAAUCAAUGCGAAGGCCCACAAGAAACACGACGGGCAUCAUGUGCUGAGCAACGGUCAGAACAGCAGCUCGGGCGACGAGAAUCAGCAGGCCAACGGGAAUGGGAAUAUUGGAAACACUCUCAAGGACACUUUCCUAAACCCCAUAGACGCAGCGCUGGACGCCAUCAACGCGGGCAAGUACGGGAAGAGCACCAAGAACAUAACACAGCUUGCGACUCCAGCGGCUCUUCAGCCCAAGGACCAUCCCGAUAGCCGUCGCGACUUUGCUAGACGGCCAGAUCUGCCCGACGUGCCAUACCAGACAGCGAAGCGCAAGCUCAAGGUGGCACUGCAGGAGUACUACAGAGGGCUUGAGCUUCUCAAGUCCUACGCGUUGUUGAACCGGACUGCCUUCCGGAAAAUCAACAAGAAGUAUGACAAGACCGUCAACGCGCGACCGUCGUCGCGGUACAUGAAUGAGAAGGUCAACCAAGCCUGGUUCGUGAACAGCGACGUAAUCGAAGGGCACAUUCGAGCAACGGAGGACCUAUACGCGAGAUACUUCGAGAAGGGCAACCACAAAGUCGCCAUCGGGAAGCUACGCAUCAAGAUCGCACGAGCAGGCGAUUACACAGACAAUACAUUCCGUAACGGUCUGCUAUUGUCGGCGGGCGUCAUACUUGGCAUCCAGGGUCUCAUCAAAGCAAACACUAUUGCAGAUCUGCACAAUACUGACGGGAACGAGUUCGCAGUGAACACGAGCUAUCUGUUGCAGAUAUAUGCCGGCUACUUCCUCAUCAACUUCCUUCUUCUCCUAUUCACUCUAGCGUGUCGGACCUGGCACGAGCACAAGAUCAACUACGUCUUUAUCUUUGAAUAUGAUACCCGCCACCACUUGGACUGGAGGCAACUUGCGGAGCUUCCUUGUUGGACUUUGUUUAUGCUUGGACUAUUUAUGCAAAUCAACUUUCAUCAGGUUGGGGGAGAUGGACUCUAUCUCUACUACCCAGUCAUUCUUAUUGGUAUAUCGGUCGCGCUUUUGUUCAAUCCUCUGAGGAUAAUGUACUUCCGUACUCGCAUGUGGCUGCUGUACUCCCUCUGGCGCUUGUUGCUCGCUGGUAUAUACCCUGUCGAAUGGCGAGACUUCUACUUGGGCGACAUGUUUUGUUCUCUGACGUACAGCAUGAGUGGCAUCGCACUGUUUUUCUGUCUCUACGCGCACGGCUGGGACAAUCCCAACCAAUGCAACUCGUCUCACCUACGCGUUACCGGGGUUAUGACGACGUUGCCGGGUAUAUGGCGAUUGAUGCAAUGUCUGCGACGUUACAAAGACACCGGAAACAAGUUCCCUCAUCUGCUGAACGGCGGAAAGUACAUCGCAACCAUCCUGUUCUAUGUUUCCACCAGCAUCUACCGCAUGGACCAGAAACCGUCGACCAAGGCAGUGUUCAUACUGUUCGCAACCAUCAACGGCAUCUACACGAGCUUCUGGGACAUCUACUACGACUGGAGUCUCGGUGACCCACAUGCCAAGCAUCCCUUCCUGCGCAAGGAGCUGGGAUACAAGAAAGUGUGGUGGUACUACACUGCUAUGUGCAUUGAUCCAAUCUUGCGGAACAACUGGGUUAUGUACCUCGUCACGCCCCUGCAGCUUCAGCACUCAGCGACUACCUCAUUCUGUGUCUCCCUCAGUGAGAUCUUCAGAAGAGGCAUGUGGUCCGUAUUUCGUGUCGAGAACGAGCACUGUACGAACGUCGGUCGCUUCCGCGCAAGCAGAGAUGUACCACUACCCUACUACCUCCCCUUGGACGCGGAAGAGGAAGAGGAUCACACCUCUGGUAUCCCUCGAGCACCUACCCUCAUCGACGAAGAACAGCCCGACGAGGCUCGUCCCUACACUCCAACCGAGAACAACAACCAAGUCCGCCGCCCAGCUACAGCUUCAGGAGCAGAUCUCGAACACUCCCAGUCGAAUACGCGCAAGCGCCGCGGCCCUCAAGACGAUUUCCGUCCUUCUCCUCUCCAGCGCGCGUUCACUCAUGUCGGCGAAAUCUUCCGCGACGCCCACGCUGAGGACUUUGAACGCAAGACGAAACCAGAGCUUGGCCGCGAUCCUCGCGAAUCGAAUAAAGCCGAUGACGACGACACGGACGAUGAUUCGGAUAAUGAGGACGAGCAGGAGCAGGAGGCGUUGGUCAACGCGGAUGGUAGUGAUGGCUCGGAUAGCAGACACAGCAUUGCUGAAGUUGAAGUCGACGAUGAAGUCGCGGAUGAAGAGGAGCAGAGUGCGCUGUCGAGGAUACGCGAGGACUUCAAUAUCGGAGUUACUGGGGCGCGGAGCGAUCAUACGCAUCAGAAGUAG